GCUGCUUUAUGUAGUUUGUGUUCGUCUCACUUUACCGAAUUUAAUGUGAAUUAUGUAAAAUGUAAUACAAAAUGUGUGUCGUAAUUAAUGAAAUUAUAUCAUAAUAAAGAUUACUAUACAAAAAAAUCUCGUACAUUGCCAUUAUCAUUAUAAACAGUCAUGUCGACUGAAAGAGCUGCAGAAAUAAAAGGCAAUGAGAUCGAUAAAAUCAAACGUCGUCAUAAACCUGACGACACUGUUAUUGCGACAGUGAUAAAUAGAAGUAGUGAAGAUACAAUACCUUAUACAAAAAUGGAGGAAGAGGAUGAGUGCUCCGGAAAACCUACGGAUCUAUGUUUGCAAGGAAACUCUCACUUGAUGUCGAGUACAACUAGCAGUUUAGCUGAUACUCCAGGAGAUUCUGGUGUUCUGUGCCUCGAUAGUGAAGCUUCCGAAGCCACAAGUCAGGCGCUCAUGACUCACAGUCUUGUUGGAGCAGAGGAGUUAGCUUGCGAUAGUAUUUAUGAUGCAUUACCUUCAUGUUCACAAGACAUGAUAAAAAGUACCACAAGCAGUAUCAUGACCCGCAGUGACAUAGAUAACCAAAAUGUAGGUCGCGAUGAUAUUGUUCCUGAAUUACUUGUUGAAACAAACAAAAAACCACCAGUAUAUGAAAAUUUACCUGAUGUUGUUUUAAAAGCCUUAGAAAGUGAAAAAGUCAGUACAGAAGAAGUAAGAAAGCCAGCAUUGAGGACUACGGAACCAAAGAAGUCAUUAUCUGAGGAUAUAGUAUAUAGAAGAAGAUGUAGAAAGAAGUCACAAAGUGGACCUAGUUCACAAAAGAAACGUGUUUCAUUCCAUGAAGACAUUCUUAACAAUACUAAAACUGAUAACAUUCAUAUAGAGAGAGGUUUUAUAUCAUACAGACCAGACAAUUCUCACUGUGAUAGAUUUAGACAAAAGAAUACAGUUGCCAAUGAUAGAUUUUCAUGGUGUGCCUCAGGUGACCAAGCCCCCAAGUUUGCAGCUGAUGUUGCUCAACAAACCAUGUCUGAUAUACUUGGUUAUGGUGAUUCUAAACAUGACAGAAGUGGUAUAUUUGAAUACUGUCAACCUAAUGAACCAAGCAAUGUUAAUGCAAAUAAAGACAAAGACAACAAUAAUAUGACACCACAUAAUGGAAAACUGUAUGGUUGUGAUUCGAAUAGCUCCGAUUCUAAUUUUAGCUGUGACUCUGAAUCAUCGUCAAGUGACUCUUCAUCUUCACAUUCCAAUAAAACGGAAACAUCACCCGUUCAUAGAAAAUGUGAUAAAACUCAAAAGUCUUACUCGUGUGAUGAAUUUUCUAAUAAUGGUCAUGUAGCAUUCAUGAGAAAAACAUAUUUUUCUGAAGCUGAUAUAGAUCAAAACCAUGAUAGAAUGAAGAAACCUUUAGAAGUGUCACAAAGUCCUAUAACAGUUAAGUCUGUGCUGAAAAAGAAGCGUUAUAUAACAACCAAUGUUGUUGAAGAAAGAAAACAAAACAAUAAAGUACUGAGUUUAUUGGAUGCAAACAACAUCCUAGACUCUCUGAAGAAUUUUUAUAGAAACUUUAAUUUCAAUUUUACACCUGAAAAAGGUCUUCCAGAAACUAGUUUUGAGAUAAACAAUGUUGUUGAAGCUCUACCAUGUGAUGUUAAUCAAAACAGAAAUUUAUCCAAAAGCCUUGAUUCCGGAUUCCAAAUUGAUGAUGAUGAGGAUUUUGUGGAAAUCAAUCUCAACCCACAACAAAAUGUAGAAAAGCCUAAACAAAUACCAAAUAGUUCCAAAAAUCCUGUUUCUGGAGAUAGGACUCCUAAUGAAGGUUCACCUCGUCACAAACUUACAUUAAAUAUGAAAGCACAAACUGAUAAAAAACUUGUCAACAAAGCUGAUGCAUUCCCACCUUUGAGCAAGUAUGUUGUUAACUGUGAGAGCACAGUUUAUGAACAUAAAGGUGUAUCAUACAGUUAUGUUCAUGAUACAUUUCAGACAGCAUUUGAUGCACCAAAAGAAACAUUUGUUCCCAUACCUGAGACUACACCGGUUAUGGAAAUUGUUACAAGUGCUAGUAAGACUGAAUUGAAUGUGAAACAAGGUGAUGACACAGCCAGUAAAACUUCAACACCAAAGAGGCAGUUUAAUAAAAAUGUUCAAGAUGAGACUGAACAAAAGAAUGGGGUAUCAAAACACUUGUCCUCACCUAAGAAACAAAAUGUGAACAGAUAUAGUCGAAAAUUUGCAUCUACUGUUCAGAAAAAUGAUGAUACAACACAAGCAAAUAGUGAUAACUGUUCAAAUACUGAUAAUUCGACAUUAAAAGGCGCCGAUGAUUUAAAUGAUGAGUAUUUCGAUAGUCCGGCGAACCAAAAGCUUCAGACCAAUAAGUCUGCCUUACUCAAUAGGUAUCUAAAAAAUGUUUGCCAAAAGAAGGACCUUGAACUUAAAAUCAGAAACAAUAAGUUCUUCCAAUUCAAAUUACGUAUGGAAAAAGAAUUUCCGAGUAUUAUAUUUCCCUUUAAAAAUGUGUCAGAAACAUUUCCCGUGUCUGCUGAAAGGAUGUCCCGUCUCAUACACAAAGAGGUUGUGGAGAACAAAAGGCUCUCUGUUCGCUUGCUGACAGCCGACGAGCCGUCGUACUUUGACAGCUUUGAAGACAAUGUCGCUAUUGAAUGCAGUGAGAAAUUAAGAUUGCAGCUAUUUUCAUACCCUAAUGAAACAUUGAAUAGGAUGAUGAAAGUACAGUCAGCUUACAACAUGGACGAUGGUUCGUGGACACCUCUAUUGGUGUUCAUCACAGAUUAUGCAUUGUAUGUAGCGGACCUCAAGCCUGGUGGUACUGAAUACGAAAUCUUAUGCCGCCUACCUCAUAAUGAAUUGGAUGCUAUUGCAGUGGGUCCAGAAGCUCAGUACAUCCAAGUAAUAGACAUAGCUGGUAAUAUAGCGUGUUCAGUUGUGACCGCGGAGGGUUCGCUGGGCGCUCGACUGGCGUCUUCGCUGGAAUGGAGCGCGAGAACCUCGCCCCUGCGUAUAGCUCGUCCUCCAGCCAUGCUACCUCUUACUUGUAGACAGCUCGCUGCUGCGGUGACAAGGAAACGUCACGAGAAACGGAUUCCAGAUAUCUUGUACUACGGACGGGCGUGUUCCGGUGACGCAGGGGACAGGCUGAUCGAAGCCCCGGGAGCGUUUGCCCCGCCGUUGGAGGGCUACCUCAUGUGCAGGACUGACAAGAGCAAACGAUUCGAGCCCAGCUACUUCUUACUAAGAGCGGGCGUUCUCCACUGGGGUCCACAUUCACCGGACGGCACGUCUCCCUUGCCGCACAACAUCGCGCUCCGCUCUGUAGUAGGAGUAAGACGGCACGUGGACUCAUCUCGUCGUCCUCAUUGCUUCGAAAUAGCACUGGGAGAUGCCAGCCGACUGCUGCUGGCAGCACCAGAUGACCCCACCGCGUCUUCAUGGCUGCAAUCUCUGCUGCUGCAUGCUGCACAGGCUUUAGAAGAGAAGGAUGGCGCUAAGAAGGUGGAUCCUCGCGCUGGUGGACCUCCUCCCGCGUGUACAGUGCUGGUGACUGCCCACGAGGUGGUCAGUGUACGAGACACCCUCGACGCCGCUUUUGUCGCAGGAGCAGCUGCAUAUCUCAAAGACAGAGGCUCAGAUGCAUUGCUCAAAGAGUACAUAGAAGAUAUGAGAACGGACAUUGAAAUCUUGGCUUGCGGCUCCAUCAAAAAUCUUACAGCAUUCAAGAUUCCAGAUACCGACGAGAAUUGGUGUUGUUUGGAGUGGAGCGUUUGUGAGGCUCGUGAACGUGGCGCUGGUCUGGCGCUGGUGUUGGCCAGUGGGAACGAACUGGAACGUCUCAUUGCAGCACUGGAAUACGCAUACUGCAAACUAACUAGCGAGCCGUUCCCAUUGAGUGUGGUAGAAGCUUGCAAGUCAGCGUGCAGCAUCGCACAUAGCAAGUAUGAGGCUGCAUGGGCACAUAUGUUGCCCGCACAGCAAUAACUACAAGUAAAGACAUAUGUCUUAUACGUGUAGGAGACAAGGUAAGACACAAUUAUGUCAAGUAAGACACGUAUAAGACAAGGAAAGACACUACCAAGACACUUCAGACACAUAUAAGACAGAUACAUGUAUUAAAUGUAAACCGACAGUAACUUACCAAAUGUAUAACAUAUGAGAGAUAUGUUAAAUGUACAAAAAAAAUGUAAAUUAGAUGGAAAAAAAUGUAAUCAACAUAAAUAUGCAAUAACUAGGAUUUUUUUCAUUAAUAUUCGUAGAAAUUGUAACAUCAAUUGAUUAAUGUUACAAUCUCUAAUCAAUGUUACAAUUUUUAAUUAAUGUUACAGAAUCUAAUCGAUGUUACAAUUUCUAAUGAUGUUAUAUUUUAAUAGGCGAAUGCUGAUAGCUACAUAUAAAUGAUGCUUUUCAAAG